AUGACGAUGCGACCGUUGCUCGUCUUACUCGCCGCCGUCGCGCGCGGCGCCGAUGUGCAGAUCCCGAAGACGGCAAGAUUAUGGAUCGCUACCGAAGACGUCCCCAGAUCCAAGUCGCUCUACGCCGAGGCGCACUGUCCCGGCUACGACGACGUCUUCGUCGUGCGCCUCGCCUGCGACGACGAGCGCGUCGAGGAUGGCUACCACCGCUUCUUCAUCGAGCGGGCGGAAGCCUGCGGCGGCCCACCGUUGGCGUCGAUCGUUGGCCGCGUCGACCUGCUGCGGACGACGGCGACGACGCUACUCGGCGGCGCCCUCGACGGCAUCCUCGACCGCGUCGACGCGCUGCUCCUCGACGACGUGGAGACCCACGCCUGUGACGACGCCGUCGCGGCCGCGGCCGCGCGCGGCCUCGGUUUACGUAACUCGUCCGCGUGCCGUCACGCGCGCCGCGCACGGCUCCUCUACGGCCCGCCGACGGCGGACCUCUUCGCGUCGCUGACAAUGUUCCUCCCGCGCGACGCGGCCCGGCGGCGGCCGGCCUGCGACGGCGUGACGCUCAUUUCGGACGACCUCGUCGUCGCCGGGCUCCCGAACCAGCUGCCGCGGUGCCGCGAGGACGGCGAGCCCCUCCCCGCGGAGGCCCUCCGGCUGGACGGUCGGCAAGACCAGCACCACGCUCUCGUCUGCUUCUCCGAUGGCGCGGCCUUCUGCUUCGUCGGCGCCGAGCUCGUCGAGGCCGUCGUGGCGCUGCCGCGGUCCGCGGGCGCCGUCGUGCCCGUGGCCUGGUCCCUCUACGCGGACUCGGAACGCGACAUCAUCGCGAUCUUCGACGUCGCGGUCGCGGCGGGGCCCGGCGUCGACGCGGCCGCGACGGCAGCCUGGCUCUGCGCCGAGUCGGCGCCCCGCGUCGACCUGCGGACGCCCUGCGUCGCGGGCGACGUCGCGCGGCGCCUCGACGCGGCGGAGCCGCGCCUCGUCGACGUCACGCUGCGCCGGCCGAUCCGGAUGCACGACAAGCACGACGGCUCCUGGGUGCGCACGGGCGUGGGCACCUACACCCAGACGGCCGGCGCGGCGCCGCCGAAGAUCGACGUCUGGUCCGGCGUCGCCAUGGUCGCGGCGGAUACGGACUUUGGGGGGUUGGGGUGCCGGCCGGCCGAGGCGGCGCGCCAGCGCGUCGCGGUGCUCUUCGUCGGCGAGGUGCGGUUGCGGGACGCUGACAGCUUCCGCGCGCUGCAGGACGCGGCGGCGGGCUGCGACGGCUUCGUUGCGACGUACGCGCGGCAUUUCCCGACGGCUCGCGAGCUGUUCGGCCGCCCGGACCGCGUCGUCGGCGUCGACGGCGCCGUCGCCGCCUGCGAGAUCUGCGGGCAAAAAGGCGGCGGACGCUUGAUCUCCUGGGUCCAGCUCCAGGCGGCGCUCGAUGCCUUCGAGCCGGAGCUGCGACGCUACGACGUUUUGGUGAAGACGCGGACGGACCUCGAUUUCCAUCCUCCUUACGCGUCGCUCGUCCCCGCGGUCGGCCGCGUCCACGCCGAGAUUUUUGUCGAGGUCGCCUACGCGGCGGCGGCCGUCUUCUAUGCCGCCUUCGGGAGCUGCGUCGACCGAUUGAUCAAGCCGUGGUUCGCGCGCGGCGACGGCUUCGGGUUCUCCCGACGCAAGUCGACGCGGCCGGUCUACGUGCCCCUGAAUUGGACGAACGCCCUCGAGAGCGACCUCACGGCGCUGCGCUGGCGCUGGCUCCACGUGCCCGAGCGCCUCGGCGGCGCCAUCGCGACGCCGCGCGAUUUAAAGCGCGUCAUCUUCGACCAUCUGCCCGAGCUCGAAGGCGCGAGAACGGGCGAGCCGGCGGUCCUCGCCGACGCGACGGAGGCCUGCGCCGUGAACGAGUUCGCGUCGGCAUUGUGCGGACAGUUCGGCCUCUUUUCCUCCGAGACGUUCAUGGCCUACGCCAUUCUCCAAGCCGCGCCCGCGUGCCUCAUCGCCGGGCGGCAGAACCUGUCGCCGGGCAAUCUCUACAGCCUCGCGGAGGACCGCCACGCCUUCACCUGGGCCGCGGACGACGACGAAGCGUGCCCCUACGCCUUCGACGGCGGCGCGGCGCCGCCGGCCGCGGACGUCGUGCCCGGGUUCGCGAGCUGCGCCUACGCCGCAACCUUCGACGACGCCACGCGGGUGUCCGUGACCAUCGACGCGACGGCCGACGCGGCGAAUGUCGAGCGCGCCGCCCAGGACCUCGCGUGCGCGAUCCCGGCCGCCGUCGCGGCCGCCGCGGACGCCGCGGGCUGCGGCGCCGCGUGCCGCGAGGCGCAGCUCGCGGCCAACAUCGAGGGCGAGCGGCGGGCCUGCUUCGCCGCCGCGGCGAAGCGGGCCGCGGACGUCGCGGCGCGCGUGGCGGCGCGCCUCGCGGAUCGCGCGGGGCCUCCGCCGGCGACGUGCGCGCUCAUGUCCGCGCUCGACGCGCGGUUGGCGGCGCUCGGGCCCGAGGACGUCAGUCUAAAGCCCUUCCCCCACGUCGUCGUCGACGGCUUCCUGCCCGACGGCGCCUUCGCGGCGCUCCUGGACCAGUUCGGCGCCCUCGAGGCCGCCGUCGACGUCGCCGUCGGCGACGACCGCUUGAACCACGUCGCCGGCGACUACAAGACGGCGCCCGUGGGCCGCGACGUCCUGGAGACGCGCGCCUUCACCUACGGCGGCGCGACCGUAGAAGCACAAAACGCGACGCUCGCCCUCGUCGACGCGCUGACGCGCCGCGCGCGGCCGGGCGAGGCCCGCGGCGUCCUCGACGUCCAUUUGGCGCGGCUCUUCGCGCCCCACGUGCCGCCCGGCGCCCUCGACAGCCUCGCGCCGGGCGCGGCGCGCGCCUGGCCCUACAAGGUCCUGAGCCUCGGCGCCGGCGCGGGCCGAAAGAGGGCCGAGGCGCCCCACCUGGACGGGCCCGGGACGCAGGCGUUCUCGUGCCUGCUGUACGCGCGCGAUCCCGCGGACAACCGCACGGGCGGCGGCCUCGAGCUCUACGAGAACUUUGUACCGGACGGGGCCAAGUACCCGGCGCCCGCCGACAUCGCCCUCGGCCGCGUGAUCCCCUACGCGGCGAACCGCCUCGUCUGCAACCUGAACUCGCGCGCCGCGGUCCACGCGAGCGAGCCCUCGGCCGGCGACCUGACGACGCCGCGGCGGUUUUUGCUCUACCGCGCGGGGCUCGAGGAGCCGCUGUUCUCUUUCAAGGAGGGGUCGCAGGCGCACUAA